CCCGCAGGUCACCCCCGUGCAGUGGAAAGCAUACAUGCAGGCCUGCGCGCCAGAUGUCGUGGCAGCGUUGUCAGAUGUACCCUUCACGCGGCCGCCGUAUUCGCAGAAACGAAUUACGAAAAGCCUCGAGCGGUCAACUGCUUGGUUGGCGGAAAUUUUGCGCUUGCAAGGCGACCCCGACCAAGACCGUCUCAAUGUCCUUGUUCAUCUUGCUGGCGCUCACGAUGCAAGAGCCAGGCAAGCAUUCUCUGAAGGGCUUGUAGAAAAGAUGUAUGGAAAGGAUGCCGAACUUGUAGUGCCCUUGAAGACUUUGGACGAAGGGCUUUCGGGGUAUAUUCUCGAUCUCGCACAUCUCAAGGCCUCUCUCGCUGGUUCUGGCACUCCCGACCCCCACGAAGUGAUGUUCGAGCUAUGCAAAGCUUCAUUAACGCCUCUUCCCGUGCAGAAGCUACGCAUCGCACACACUCCAACAUCCCCGCAUGAGGCUCUUCGGCUCAUUGAAAAUGUUGGAAUAGAUCUCCUGGAUGCGCCUUGGGCCCAACAAGCUGCAGAUUUAGGAAUUGCUCUCGACUUCCGCUUCCCCGUGUCGCCGCUUAUUCCGGAACUCGCCCAGGCUUGUUCUCCCCCAGUGCAGAGAGAAGGGAGCGGACGAGAUAUCGGACACAAUCUCUUUAGCAGCGCAUAUGCUCAUGACCACUCGCGGUUCGCCUCGUCAUUCUUGGAUGCCGCGUUUACGUCCCGGCUACCCGAUGGACACGAGGCCAAUAGCCUUGUCUGUACAUGCAUGGCCUGUUCUCCUACCACUACUCCGGAGUGCGUCGCGCACAGCUCAGUCGACAGCCUCGGACCAGCCAACUCGCCGUCGCCGAACUUGCCCUAUACCCGUGCUUACGUUCAUCACCUGCUGCAUACGCAUGAGAUGUCCUCGCACACGCUACUUGCUAUGCACAACCUCACCGUCGUGGACAGAUUCUUUGCGGACAUUCGCAAGGUUCUCUCCGAACACAACGGGAAACUCCGCUUUCAGGAAGCAGCCAAAAGGUUUCUCGAGGAGUACGACGAGCGAUUUGUGGUCUUUGACGAGGCUCGAGCGCAGUGGGCCAAGGUCGAGAGAGAGCGAGGGAAGGGCCGGCUUAAUAGAGACAAAGACUCAGAUGUAGGUGUCAAUGCAGAUUAGCUUCGGGGGUCCGUCCUCGAGAGUGCUUGGCAUUGAUGCAGUACUGUUACAAGUUGUGAAUUAAUCUACAACAAAGACAGACUCCACACUUUACGCAUGUGCGCUCAGCCCGCCUCCAAUUGUCGCAACCAGCAUCACCACACCAAUAACUUGCGCUGCUCGCCAGAACGUGGAAACUCUAGAGACAUGGUCCGACUCCGUAUGUUUGUGUUGUCUCGAGAAACCCGUCGCUCUCCUCGCGUUUGGGGACAAGAAUGGAUCUUGGUGAUAUUGGGGUCCUGCCUGCGAGUGGGUAUAUGGUGAGGAUCGUGGGUGAGAAUGCGGAGGCACAUGUCUGGAGUGGCUCCAUCCUGAAGACGCGGAACCUUGUCGCUGCCAUGCGUGUGUCGCACCAGGGUGCCGUCGCGUCUCGUACGCCCAGUAGGCGGAUGAGGUCGGUUGUACUGCAGCAUGGUGUCGGUUACGUGACGAGCUUUCCUCUAGCAUGCGGUCGUAGGCUCGCCUGCGAAGUCGUGACGUGAAGUUGAGAUCGCCUGAGAAGCUGAGACGUACGCACCGUUUACGUUCGUCUCCUAAGAUGACAUACGCUUCACCAACCCUAUGAAACUUCUCCUUAGAUGCAGGAUCCUUGUUCAUGUCGGGAUGAUACAUCUUACUGAGCUGCAUCUUGCUUGAGCCUGUUCAUUUAUGAGGUAUAUGACCAGUGUAAUACCUUGUAAUAACUGGACUGGG